AUGCAAUGGGCGCUGCCCAGACUGUCCCAGAUGGUGUACUGUAGCCCCGGAGAACUGAUAACAAGCAGGAGUCCCAAGACAGGUCAGCUGCAGGUGUCUCUCUUUCUUGUCCUGCUUCCUCUAUGGGACAGCGUAUCGCCUCUUGUGCUUCCUCUAGAUUGCAGCGACAUCUAUAACUAUGAUAGCAGCCAAGCUAGUGGAGUUUACACUAUCUAUCCUAUUAGGGCCGCUUCUGCUGUUGAGGUGUUCUGUGACAUGGAUCGUUUGGGAGGACGUUGGACAGUGUUCCAGAGGAGGAUGGAUGGUUCAGUGAACUUCUACAGGCCCUGGGAUCAAUACAAGACAGGUUUUGGAAAUGCUGCUGGAGAGUACUGGCUUGGUCUUGAAAAUCUCUACCAGCUCAGUCUCAGAAAAAGGUAUGAGCUGCUGGUUGACAUGGAGGACUUUGAAGGAAAUCAAGUUCAUGCUCGUUACUCCUCUUUCUCUGUUGGGUCAGAAUCUGCGGGAUAUACUCUGCAAGUAUCGGGAUUCAGUGAUGGUGGGGCAGGAAACUCUCUAAGUUUUCACAAUGGACAGAAGUUUAGUACCUUUGACAAAGAUCAGGACACUUUUACUGGAAAUUGUGCCAAGCUCUACUUGGGGGCUUACUGGUACGGAACUUGUCAUAAGAACAACCCUAACGGGGUUUAUCGCUGGGGGGCUGAUGACACUAUCUUUGCUGUUGGAGUGGAGUGGUUCACAUGGAAGGGCUAUGACUACUCCUUGAAGGCUAUUAGCUUUAAGAUCCGCCCUGUUCAAUGA